GUUUGAUAAAAAUGUGUAUUGAGUAUUGUGUAUUGUGUACUGCCUUGAUUAACAUUUCGCGCUAUAAGUUUCAAGUUAUAUUUAAUAAUGUUAUAAAUGAUUCUGGAAUGGAGUGUUAAUUUUUCGUGUCCUAGGUGAAAAUUUGGUGAACCAUCAUGGAGAUGAUAGAAAGAAAUUUGGAGGACUUCAUCAACAACAUAGACUCUUCAAAAGUAUUGGAAAGAAAGAAAAGAGUAACACAAUUACGUGAACAGUUGCAAGAUGACAGCGCCAUUGAAUUACUGAAUAAAAACAGCCUGUUGGAAAAGAGGAAUGUAACCUGGAAUACAUUAUUUCUUGCUAGUCAUAAAGCUUUGAAACUGGAAACGGAACGGAUUGUGCUGGAUCAACGCAAGAAAGGAAACAAAAUAACCGGUGCAAUGGGGAACGAUAGUCUAAGUUUUACAUCACUUGUUCUUGCUGUUGCUACGAAAGCCAAUUCAGGGCAAAUUCCGAUGCUCUCAAGUCGUGAUGUCUUGUGUACUGUAUUGAAGGUACUUGAAAUAAAAAACUCCAGGAUCCUUUUUGGAAAUUUGUACAUUCAAAUCCUUCGGAGAUUCAUUCUACCAAUUCCCCUUUAUUGGGGUGAGAUAGCACCAGAAAGUUGGGUUGAGUUGUUUGACAUGUUUCUACAUUUGCACGAUAAGCCACCCCCUGGCUGUACAAAGGAUGUGAUUAUUGGUAUACUAGCUUUAAUUAUACAGAAUGGAUCUAGACACUCGCAUCUUUCUCUAUCAGUUAAAAAUAAAUUUUCGGAAGUAGUCUCAUUAGUAAGGAGUAGUGAUUUAGACAGCUUUAAAUCUCAUGAGAAUUCAUUGCGCCUUUCUCUCGCGGUUUGUAAAACGCUGAACAAUGAUAGUCGAAAAGCCAUAUGCAGGUUUGGAGAAGAGAAUCUGGAUUACUUUCUCAAUAUGUAUGAGAAUCGACCCAAUGAUAUAUCUGACAAGAAGAGUUUGCUGUUUGAAGUUGUCGACCUGCAGGUGAAAGCACAUCACCCAAAAGGAGCUGAACAAAGCAAUAUCUCAUCGUUCGCUUGUGACUGGGCUGUUUGGAAGCAACGGCUAAGCGCUAUACAUUGUCUAGUUGAGAAGGAACUGCAAAAUCUGAAAUGGAGUCGUCAGCAAAACAAUAAUUAUAAUGUCGAGAAAACUUUCAUUUCUUUAGCUGUUGAUGUAUUCAAACAGGUGUAUGGAGAAGGAGGACUAUUGGGUGAUGAGGAAACGUUGAACAUAACCCUGGCCACCACAUCUGCCAAUGACACUUUGGAGCGGCAGCCGAAGCGGCAGUGUGUCCACACCAAUGUCACUGCUCUGCUGGCAGAAUUGGCCUCCUAUAAGAAGCCUAUUGAAAUGUGUCCAUGGUUGAUUAUUUUGACUGAAUUUACUUUGAAGUAUCCUGAAGUAGUUCGAAACAAAUUUGAUGUGCCAUCAGUGCUUGAAUUUCUAUCCAAGCAGAUGAGCACUCAAAAAGAUACUGUUAUUCUCAGUCUUUUAUCAAGAUUGUGUAUUGCCAUGCUGAAAUUGGAAAACUUGGUUGAACUUCUUAAGAAUCAGACCAGCAAAAAGUCAUUACUGUGGAGGAGUAUUAUGGAAAUGUCACUAAGAUCAUUUGAGUUGAAUAGAAAUGAUGAAAAUAUAAAUAAUUUAGUCAACGAAUUUGUAAAAUUGGAUAUUGAUGUAGCUACACGAUUAGUAAACUUGUACAAUAUGAGAACAAUGCGACUGACUAAACUUACUGUAAAUAUGCUAGUAGACGUAUGUCGAUGCAUUGGCAUGCACGACAUCCUAGGUGAAGAGAACUGUAGGUUAGUCCUCAAUUGGCUUAUAGCCGAUAAAGAAGAUAUUUUUGUGAGAGAAUGGGAGCGCAAGAUCAAGCAACUGCCUGCUGAUGGACUGGCCGCUGCUUCCGUUGCUCUUGUGCUGAAAAGCAAGUUUCUGGCCAAAGACUGUGAUAAUAUAACAAACGAGACUGACUUUACCAUGGAACAAAUAUACAUCACAAAUUCAUUUCAGUGUAACAGUUUGUUAAAAAACAAGAUCGAUAGUAGAAUUGUUGAUCAAAACCAUCAUGCACCUACUUGGUCGAAAUCCAGUAUUUCUCACCUAUUGGAACGAAUUUCCAAAGAGAAUGUCCAUUUAUUAGAAAUUAAAACACAUGAGAAUGUGCCACUUUGCUUCAUCUUAGUGCACCAAUGCUUGUAUCUGAUGGAAGUGGCCAAUUUGAUGCAUAUCUAUCAAUGUCCUGCUGGAUAUGAUUUAAAAAGUGACAUUGUAAGGAUAUUGGAAAGGCUAGAAGUGGAAAUCAAGAUGAUAUUUCUAGAAUCUGAAGAAAGGGAAGAAUCUUUCUUUGUUGAAUUCCUAGAUUAUAUUGAACAAUUUUCGAAGAUUUUCAACAGAUCCGUAGCAAAUGUCGCGGAAGAAGUGUAUACUCACAAUAUUUUCCAAGUCAUCAUUAAAUCCCUCUGGUCGGUUGUGAAGUCGCUAGAAGGAUCUGUUCAAGUGAGUACUGACAAGCCGUGGAAUAUGCAGUCCUUACCAGAAGAACAACAAAUUCAAGUGAAAGCAUUUCGGAUUAUGAUUGAACUUCUGUGCCCUCUACCAAAAACAAGUAUAGAACCAAACUACGACCAUAUAAGAGACUUGAUCAAUGAACUGUCCGGACUCAAUAUGAGAGUGCCUUAUGUUUUGCAAAUGAAUUUGAUUGUCCUAGAGAGAAUGAAUGCAAUUUGCAAAAAUGGAUCCAAUGUGAGAAUUAUUGAGAUGAUGCUUUACAGAAUACAAGCUGUUUGCAAAGUUUGGAGCAAGGUAUCACAAAUCACAGCUCUACUCUUGCAGUAUAUAAAAGAUCUAGCUCUGGUUGUUAAUCCACAUGAGGAGAUGAAAAAACUGGUUGUUUUUAUCAAAGCCAUAUACAAGCAGAUCAGUCUGAAAAAGUUUGGCAGUGAAGCUACCUGCUGCUUUGUGAGAAUGCUGGAAAAUAUUGUCAAGGUUGAUUGUACUGGGAACUCUCCUACCUUGAUGAUUAAUGUGGAUGAUUUAGGAACUAUUCCUGUUGCAUCUCUUACUCUUACAUUUUUGAAGAGCCCGUUUCAUUUGGUUAGGAUGGCAGCAGCAAAUAUAAUGUCCAAUUUUUUUUGUAUUCAACCUGAAUUGACGAAGGAAAAGAAAAGAUAUUUCGACGAUUCUUUCAAGAGAUUGGUCUCCAACAUCAAAGAGUGCUUCAUAAUUGAUAAAAACAUAUCUGAAGAUGAGAUAGUGGAUGAAGGAGUGAACCGAACUGUCAGCUCUCUAUUUGCCUUGGCCAAUGUGAUGAUAGCCAAAGAAGGCUGCUAUCAAUUCGACGCUCUCAAAACUCUUGUUUUUUUCAUGCAUGAGAAAAAUCUCGACUUAGAUCUGGUGAAAAGUGUUGUGGCACUAGUUGGAAAAACUCUUAAAAUGAAAAAUUCUUUACAACUGAUGGAGUAUUAUAUCAUACCGUUGCUUUGGGAGUUCCUGGGUGAUCAUAGUUUGAAGGAUUUUCCAUGGAACAUGUUGGAUUGUGAGAGUGAAAAACAUUUCUUUGAUACUUACUUCGAGGUGAUCACACCUGUAUUACUGGUGAAGAAUGACAUGGAAGGCCUUGAUUUGGUAUCAACCAAAUUGAGCGAAUCAAGAUCAAAUCUAUUGCAGGCAAGCUUUUGCGGUAUUGUUUCAUUCAUCCUCCCUCUCCUAGUAAGUGAGACGGCAGGAAGCAAACAUCUUUACAGCUUCAUCCAGCAAGAAAUAGGUGAAGAAUCUUUCAACAAAUUGCUAUCCACAGAGCUUGUCGACAUUCUCAUUCAUGUUUCCAAGAUGUUGUAUGAUCCUGAGAAUUUGUCUACCAUGUUUUCAAUAUCUGUUUUGAGUUUACCCGAACCUCAUGAAAUUUGCAGUGCUCCACAAGCAUCGGUAACAAAAGUCUUCCACUUUAUCCAGAAUCUCAUUUGUCCUGAACAAAUGCCGUUUCUAACUUUUUUGACAAGAUUAGAUCCAAGUUCUAUCCAGAAAGUUGUUCUUGAGCUCUUCAGUGACAUCAGCAACAGCUUUAAUCUCCACAGUCGACUUGUUGCUCUACAUCGUUACGUGGUCGCUUGUGACGUAAUCUGUGCGGACAUGGAUUCAGUGGAAGAGAUGCGGCCUUUUCUAGCCUACACAGUCACUCACAAUCUGCUGCAUUUGGUAUCAAGCAGUGAGCAGGAAGACACCGUCAUACUAUCAGCACUGAUGUACUUGGAUCCUUUCAUCUCACGUUGUCUCAUUCUAGCUCCCAAUGCUAUCAAUUCGUUUCUCGGUUAUAUUAUCACCAGUCUAGUUCUGUUGGCUAAAAAUAAAACUGCCCAAGUCCGUUCUAAAGCUGUAUCAAUUCUGGAAAUUUUGAUCAUAGAAAAUUCUGGAAUCACUGGAGAGUAUGUAAAAAAACUAGAUCCAUUGCCGAAUGAUGAAAUAUUCGCUUCAAUUUUGGAAAGCUAUGAGAAUAAACAUUCUGUACACCAGGACUUCCCUCUUAUUAUUGAUAUAAAACAUUUUUUAAGAGCAGGCCAAUUACAAACUGAUGAAAGCUGCCGUCUUGAGGGAUUGAAAUACUUGAAAAAACAGCUAUUGACGAAGAAGGCAGAAUUGAAGGAUUUAUACAGCGAUCUGCAUAAGACUACUAGUUCUGGAGAAAGUGCUCUGCAUUCGUUAAUCUGUAUGCUGAUACAAUUGACAUCAAGCUCCGAAACACAGGUUGUAACUGAAGCGGCACGAUGUCUGGGUGAACUGGGUCCAGGAGACCUGGGCACAUUCGUCCUUCAGGCUGAGAGCAACGAGUCGAGUGACACCAUAGGCAUGCUCUGUCACAAAAUGAUGCGCAAUCUGCUCGAGCUGAUGGUCGACUCCAAAGUGUCCAUCAUUCAAGCAGCCAACCAGGCUAUGCAUGCCUUUGUCGUAACCGAUACUGGAUUCAAAAUUGUUGUAGGUGAAGAGGAUGAUCAGAAGAACAUUCUGCUCCCGUUUUGGAAGUCGGUGAAUGAAGUUACUCCAGACGUUGUGAUCUCUGAUGAAUUUGUGAAUCGAAGAUUGCUGGUCAGAGCAAUAAAAUGUAUUUGGCCCACUGAUUCACUACUUUCGCAUGAGGAAUGGAUUGUAAAAAUCUCUAACCUUAUGCUGCAAUCAUUCAAACCACAAUCUUAUCUUAAUUAUUUAUCUUCUGUCUGUGAGUUCAAGAUUCCUUUUGCUGAGUUCGUCCUACAGUACAUCACUUGUCUGGCAUUUCUAUCAGAAGAUGAAGAUGAUCCAAUUGUUAUUCUUGCCAUUGCAGAAAAUGUGAAGAAGUUUUUGGAACACCACUCCAACUUGAAUGAUGAUAAAACUUGUGUUGAUAAAGCUAAUGAAAGCAGUUUAUUCUGCAAUCGAGCUUCGGUACGUUGUGUGGUUGUCCUAGCUUCCAUCAUACACCAUUAUGUGUCCAGCAAAAACGGAUUCUUCGAAAAGUACAACAUAGAAUUGGAUUAUCUAUUACUGGCGAAGGCGGCGCAAUUCUGUUCAGCUUAUUUCACCUCACUUUUCUUUGCUGAACUUUGGUUUUAUAAAAAAUAUGGCUGUGAAAGAAAUGAUACAUUCUUGAAACAAAGCAGCUCAGGCCUUGCCUUCUUAUCACAAGAAAAUCUUGAUGAAAGAGGAGUUUUGCAGAAAGUCUUAUUUGAAGCUUACAAGAGGAUAGGGGAGCCUGACGCCGUGUACGGCUGUGGCCCAGAGGAGCUGAUGGAGACUAGUGCCUUGAUAGAGAACUAUCAGUUGGAAAACAAAUGGGACAGAAUAGUGGAGACUCUAGACAUGGAACUCUCUCAAAACAACUUGACUGAUCCUUCAGAUUUGGCGGUGGCGCUGAGUCAGUGCGGCCUGCACCAGCUGAGCAGUGUCUACUCGAGGUCGGUGGUUGGCCAGAGUCGGCAGCUGACCGACGUGCAGUACGAGUGUGGCUGGAGGCUCGCCCAGUGGACUUUGCCCGAGUGCCACCAUGUCUCCACCUCCUACCAGGGUCUACUUCACAACGCGCUGAAAGCCGUGCACUACAACGACUCGCCGACUGCGGCCAGUGCGAUCGAGGCGGCUCGCCACCUUGUCGUGUCGCACCUCAAGCACGAGAGCCUCGAAGCGUCGCAAAACGUCUACAAGCCACUCGCUCAACUGCAGGCGCUGCUCGAAAUUGAAGAAUUCGAAAAGAAAGAAAGACUGGUGGAUAACGUGUGCUGUUGGCAGAAUCAGGAUGCAAUCGGCUGGAACGAUUUCAAGUAUGUCGAGCCGAUUUUCGCUCAACGAAGAUUGAUGGCUCGCAAGAUCAGUGAUAUUUACUGUGCUCAGGUAUGCCUGACAGGUGCCCGUGUAGCUUUAUCGGAGAGCUAUUGGUCGGCGGCAGCUGGCAGCCUCAAGUUUGCAUCCAAUAUGGCGCCACAGCUCACCGCCAGCACCCAGCUGAGAAUGCAGCUCGACUUGGCAAAACUGUCGUGGGCGAGAGGUGAUUGCAAAGUGGGGAGGAAUCUGUUGAAAGGAUUAUUGAAUCACUUGAAGGACUCAUCCAGCAGCGAUGACACCAGUUUGUUGUCUGAAGCUCUGCGAACUUAUGGUACUUGGAUGGCAGAUACAAAAUUUGAGAAAGGAAGGGAUAUCAUACAAAACUAUUUCAAACCAGCUCUAGAAGCUGCUUCAAAUUGGGACAGUGAAGAUAGAAUAGCAGCUAUGAGCUGCCUUGCCAGGUAUUCUGAUCUUGAAUAUCAGGCUGUUUCUAAGUACACAAAAUCCAUAGAGUUUCAGAAGAGGAUAGAAAAAGCUCGAAAAGCCGAGAUAGAUGCUAAUCAAUUGAUAUCUGUUGCCAAGAGAGCUUCGAUCCUUCUGAAAAAUCAAAGUAUUUUCGAUGAAACUGAAAUAGCUACAAUAAAAAAGAAUCAAGAGGAGAAUCUUUUCUACUCGAUUGAGUUUUAUUGCAAAUGUCUACUAGUGGGAGAAGCUGAAGAUCAUAGAAUGUUCAGAGUCAUCUCAUUAUGGUUGGAGAACAAAAAUAACGAUAGGUUAACCGAAAUCAUGGACCAGUUCAUCACAAAAAUCGCUCUCUACAAGCUUCUGUCUGUUCUUCCGCAAUUGGCAGCUCAUAUCACCGUCCACAACAAUAAGUUCUCUAAAAUGCUUCUCAAUCUCUUUGAGAGAUGUGCAAUUGAACAUCCUCACCAUGUUAUUCCUUUGAUACUAUCUUUGGAAAACUCUUACUCCGGUACAAAAGAAGCUGAAGAUCCUAACAGGAAGAAUGAGCCAAGAGUAGCAGCAGCUAGAAUUAUUCUGAAACGAAUUUUGGAAAAUUCAUCCACCAAUGAAAUAGUGACAGGCAUGAAGAAACUAUCCAAUGCUUAUAUCCAGCUUGCAUACAUCCAACACGAAAAAAAGAAAUUGGGAAAAUUCAAAAUUGCCCAAAGCGCUCCUAUAAUGCAGUGCAAGAACUUAACAAAAGUACUGAUGACUUCAAUGACCAUACCUUAUAAUAAAAAUGGAAAAUAUGACAAUAUAGUCGGAAUCUACAAAUUCAAAGAUUCUUAUGAAUUUGUCGGCGGAGUUAAUGCGCCGAAAAAGUUGGAAUGUACAGGAACUGAUGGCAUUGAAAGGAAACAACUUGUCAAGCUCGAUGAUGAAAUUCGCCAAGAUGCAGUGAUGCAGCAAGUUUUCUCCAUUGUUAAUUCUCUUCUUCAAAAGAAGAAACAAACCAGACAGCGAAAACUCUACAUAAAAACUUACAAGGUUGUGCCGAUGACACAGAGGAGUGGAGUGAUAGAGUGGUGCGACAACACAACACCCCUGGCGCAGUAUCUGAUUGGUCGAGGAGACAACUCGGGGGCCCACCAACGGCUCAGGCCUAACGAUUUGCGUCCUGAGCUAUGCAAACAGAUGCUGAAUCAGGUUUCCAGCAAAUCGAAAGAUACCAAAUUGCGAGUAUUCAAUGAAAUCUGCGAUGGUAUUCAGCCAGUCAUGCACAACUACUUCAUCGAGAACUUCUCCACACCUGGAGAUUGGUUCGAAAAACGAUUGGCCUACAUACACAGUGUUGCUUGUUCAUCAAUGACUGGUUAUAUCUUGGGAAUUGGAGACAGACAUUUCACCAACAUACUGAUUGAUAAUAAAACGGCUGAAGUUAUACACAUCGAUUUUGGUAUUGCGUUCGAUAUGGGAAGAAAUCUUCCAAUGCCCGAGCCAAUUCCAUUCCGACUAUCCAGAGACAUUGUUGAUGGAAUGGGCAUUCUAGGAGUGGAAGGAGUUUUCAGAAGGUGCUGUGAAGAAACUAUGGCUGUGCUUAGAGAAUCUCAAGAGACCCUGAUAACAGUUCUUGAGGUGCUUUUGUAUGAUCCUUUGUAUACCUGGACUAUAUUACCUAAAAAGACUGUCGCUCAACAAAUGAAAUCCAUUAGCUCAAAAACAUCACAAUCUCCUGACGAGCUACCACAAAGUUCCAUGGGGCAAAUUCAGGAAAUAAAUGAAUGGGCAGAGCGUGUUCUGUUUCGUCUCAAACAAAAACUUCAAGGAACUGAAGGAAAUGGCGCUGAAUCAGCUAGUAUUGAAGGCCAAGUUCAGUGGCUCAUUCAAGAAGCUCGUGAUCCGUUCAAUUUGUGUCAAAUAUAUCACGGUUGGCAAGCUUAUUUGUGAUAUCUGAAUAACUGCAUUACUUUUUAAUCAUUUUUGUAUUUCUGUACUGUUUUUUAUUUUUAAUAAAUGACUCAAACAAUAA